AUGCACCAAAUCUGGCUUUCUCUGCUAUCUGGCCUUUGCCUUCGCUUGUUUUUCUUUUGUUGUGCUGAAGAAGGUCUUGAGUUCCCCAAUUUUGACGGGAAGGACAGAGUGCUGGAUGUCAACGAGCGCAACUACAAGAAGGCACUGAAGAGAUACGACCUGCUGUGCCUGUUCUACCACGAGCCACUGCCGGCCAACAAAGGUCUGCAGAAGCGGUUCCAGAUGACAGAGCUGGUGCUGGAGCUCACAGCUCAGGUCCUGGAGAACAAAGACAUCGGCUUUGGCAUGGUGGACUCCCAGAAGGACGCCAAAGUAGCCAGAAAACUGGGUCUGGAGGAGGUGGGCAGCUUGUACGUCUUCAAGGACGACCGUGUCAUUGAGUUUGAUGGGGAGCUCUCAGCAGACACACUGGUGGAGUUUCUGUUGGAUGUGCUGGAGGACCCAGUGGAAAUGCUCAAUAACGCCAUGGAGCUGCGAGCCUUCGAGAGGAUGGAGGAAGACAUCCGCCUCAUUGGCUACUUCAAGGGAGAAGAUUCAUACUACAAAGCUUUCCAGGAGGCCUCAGAGCGAUUUCAACCUUACAUCAAAUUCUUCGCUACAUUUGAUAAAUCUGUAGCCAAACAUCUGUCCCUCAAGAUGAACGAGGUGAAUUUUUAUGAGCCGUUCAUGGAGGAGCCGGCCAUCCUGCCUGGCAGACCUCUUUCAGAGAUGGACAUUGUCGAGUUUGUCAACCAACACAGGAGGGCUACUUUGAGGAAACUCCGGGCAGAGAAUAUGUUUGAAACAUGGGAGGACGACAUGGAUGGAAUACAUAUUGUUGCGUUUGCAGAGGAGGAAGAUCCUGACGGCUACGAGUUCCUGGAGAUCCUGAAAGACGUGGCCAGAGACAACACCAACAACCCAGAGCUCAGCAUCGUCUGGAUCGACCCUGAUGACUUCCCUCUGUUGACCACAUACUGGGAAAAAACCUUCAAGUUGGACCUAUUUCGACCUCAGAUUGGUGUCGUCAACGUCACAGAUGCGGACAGCGUGUGGCUGGACAUGUCCAACGACGAGGACCUGCCCACCCCCGAGGAGCUGGAGGACUGGAUAGAGGACGUCCUGUCAGGGAGGGUGAACACGGAGGAUGACGACGAGUCUGCCGACGACCAGGACAGCCCCGACAGCUACGUCCCGGAGGACAGCUACGAAAGUCACGACCCGGAUGAGGAAGACGACAGCGAUGACUAACACGACUGUCGAGGGUUGGUGUCCUGGCAGUUCAGACCUGGGUCACAAUACUGAACUCGCUUGGGACAUUAGAAUCACAUCACUCAUAAAUUCUCUCUUGUAAGGAAAUGUAAGGUCUCCCAAGAAAGAGACUCUAGACUGUGGUUUAAAUAGUUAGGCAGAUAAAACGGACCUGAUUAAAGGUCAUCAUGUGA